AUGCCUAUAGACAACGCCGAACUUGCCUCUGCCGACUACUGGAAUUAUAGAUAUGAGGAGAUCGGAGUGGAGGAGGCGUACGACUGGUUCCGUGAUUGGGAACAGCUGGGAGCAUGGUUCAAGGACCAUUUGUCACGACCAUAUGCGAAAGUCCUCCACCUGGGAUGCGGCAACAGUACCCUGACCUCGGACCUGCACAGGCUUGGAUUUACCCACCAGACGAACACUGACUUCUCGGACGUAGUGAUAACAGCCAUGGAUGCCAAAUAUAAAGACCUUAAUACCGUAUGGAAAGUCAUGGAUGUACGGCAAAUGGACGGCUUGUUGGACAACUCCUUUGAUUACGCCAUAGACAAAGCCACAAUGGAUUCUAUGUUCCAUGGUUCCGUGUGGGAUCCACCGGACGAUGUCCGGGAAAACAUUGACCGAUAUCUCCGAGAAGUAGUGCGCGUAUUGGUGCCAGGAGGGACUUUCCUGUACAUCAGUUCUCGACAACCACAUUUCAUGAAGUCACUGCUUGCUCGAGAGGGUUGGGACCUGAGUGUUGAAACACUUCCUGAUCGGGAAAGAGGCGUUUUCGAGUACUUCGCAUAUGUCAUGAAGAAAUUUGGCCAAGAAGAAGACUCGGAAGAGGCGUUCGACUCGACGACGCAAUCGGGAUUGGAGACCGGAGACGAAAAAAAUCGGAGUGAUUUUGCAGAGUAA